AAAGCCUGACUCAUUUUUCUUUUUCUCUUUUCUAGAGAUGAGGUUUGCUGCAUUGUCCAGAGUGGUUUCAAACACCUGGGUUCAGUUGGCCUGCUGCCGUCUCCCAAAGUGCUGGGACUACAGGCAUGAGCCUCCACAUCCGAACACUCGGGGCAGUUUUAAGUCCCUAGCAAGGGGGUGCUGGUGCAGGACCAAGAGGUGGCCUGGCCCCCCAACACUCUCAUCCAUGCAGACCUGGGCAAGUGCCUCUCUCUGAAUCUCAGGCACCACCACAGACAAUGCAAGUAGGGAGCUGGGCAGGGCAGGACGAGGGUGUGCAGGCAGAGGCCACCUCUGUCAGGUCGGGGUGGCAUGGGCUGGAUGAGCCUGUCUUCCCACAUGUGGGUCAAGACCUCCAAGGACCAGCUGUCAGUCAUGGUGAUGCGGCUGGGAUUGGCAGAAAGCUCACUCUCCUUCUGUGAGUGGAGCAGUGUGGGGCCAAAGACCAUAGCGAGGUUGUGCACGGACUUUUAUUGACUGCCUUUUUCUUCCACCCUGUCGAGGACCGAAGCAGAGGGUGCUGUUUCUACGCCACCACCCGGAAGGAGGCAGAGGGGCUGGGCCGUGCUGGAGUCCUCAGGGAGGGAGCGACCUCGACCCUGGCUGUGCUGCAAGCUGAUUCCAGCCCUGGGGUCAGCAGCAACUGGAGAACAGCAGCAGGAGGUGGCGUGAGAGCAGUGGCUCAUGGGCAGAGCUGCCCGUGGGAAACUGCGGCUGCCACCCCCUCCCGAGGGCAGCCCAGAGUAGUGCAGGCUCAGCAUAAAAUGAAAAAGGGAAGUGAGGGACACAAGGAGGUGGGAGGUGGGUGGCCCCAGCCCCACAAACUAUGCAGAGACCCUCUCUUCACCCUAGACUCCACAGGGGCACCUCAGGCUGGUAGAGCAGGUCCUCUGUGCAUGGGCCCAGGAGGCAGACCUGCCCUAAGGGUCAUGCAGAGGGCAUAGGGCCACACGCACCAGUGCCCUGCUUAGACAUCAGCCUCCAGGUUGACUCAGGGUCAGGCCAGAUUUGAUCCUGUGCUUGACUGGGCCAGGACCCGUAGCUAGAGCACCUGGGGACCCUCGUUCAGCCCUGGUCUGUGGAAGGGGGACAGCAGACUUUAGGACCCCACAGCACAGCAGUGCUGAGCAUUUUACUCUCUUGGUCUCCUUGAGGAAUAGGACAAGAGUCCUCUGGGAACAGACGAGGACUUACACGACAGCCUCGGUUCUGACCCCCGCUUUCUGAGCUUGGUUAAAACACUGACCAUGGCAGAAAGGACGCAGCUUGGGUUCCCACACCUCACUUUCCACAGCCCCCAAUGGCAGCAGCGCACAUGGAGCCGCCUUCUAUGACGCCAAGCCCUCCAGUGCUCACCGAUGCCCUCAUCGAAGUUGCUUAGAACUUGUCAGUGAGGAGGGGCUCGGGCAGCUCACAGAAGUAGAGCUUCAGCGUGUCUGCGAUGGCGUGUACGUCCAUCUCACUCAUCACCAUCGACACAUCCCUGUUAUCUGCAAAGAACAUGGAAGUGCUGCCGCCUCCUUGAGGAUCCCGAGUGGGUCUCCAGCCAUCCUUGCCUUGGCUAAAGCACCGUCCCUGCCAUGCUGGCCAUUGUCCUGCGGGUCCCACCCUGGCUUUGAGCCGCUCAUGUUCCUCCUCCCAAGAGCUGUGCGUGGUUCUGUGUCUGUGUAGAGAUGAUGGAGGGGCGUGUGCAUCCCCAUAUUUCUCCCCUGCUUGGCCCAAUGUGACGUCCAGGAGGAGGCCAGUGCGGCAGGACUCAGAGCCUGCAUGGGAAUCGGGUGGCUCUGCCCUGAUCAUAGCAACCACCCCUGUACCAGUCUUCUGACAGCAGGAAGGCUGUGGGAGAACCCGAUGGGCUUCAGUGUUUGAACCAGUGUCUUCCUUUGAAUCCAGUUGGCCACUGGAGCUGACCUCCCACCAUAGGCCAGGUCCAUCCUGCGCCCCCAGAGGGAAUGAAACUAUCGCACGGCCCACCCAGGGGUGCGGAGCAUUCUAGGGGUCCUGGUCUGGGUGGCUGGUGUGUGUCCCAAAGAAAUAUCAGAGGCACAAAGUCCUAUUGCUUUGAAGUUGCUGGACAAGGACACUCUGGGUUCUCAGUGCCCUCCCCUGGUGUUUAGGGCAGGUCCAGGUCCUUCAUACCCCCUGAGGGGUGGUGAGAUGGAGGUGAAGAUGGUGCAGCCCCGGCCUGAACUGGGUCCCAUCAGUGCCCUCUGCCGCCACAUCCGCACACUGGACAGUAGACAGAACACACUGAGUCCCAGGCUUCCCCACCUUAUGUCCACCCUCAAUGCAGGAAGGCCAAGGCCCCCCAGCAGCCCCUGGUCCACCAAGCAAGCGGCAUGGGUGGGUAGGAUGGUUCAAGGACUGGCUUCUACAGAAGUUCCUUCUACAAUUCUUGUCUUCUCUUUCUUAAAAAUAAUAAAACAGUAAAUGAAGAAAAGACACAGUGAAGAAUGUGACGUGACCCGGCCAUGGAGCGCUGUGAUAUCUCAUCGUGGACACUGACGCCCACACCACCAUCACGACCCGAUCCAGCUAGUGACAAAGGCUGCCUUCCGUGCCUGGGUGUCCGUGGGCACUCCAGACACGCAGUAGAUGCCCACCUCCUUCAUGCUGUGAUGCUUGAUCUACUCCACACAUUGGUGGAAGACAAAGGGCAACUUGGACCUCUGUCUCCUGUGGGAAAAGGAAAUGUUCUCAGUGUCUUGACAGCCCUGCUUGAGCUGCAGCACAGGAGAC